AUGCGUCCUAGAAUUCAAGUCAAAUAUGUUACAGAACACAUGAACUAUUUAGAAGAAAAGAUACACGUCAUUAAACCUGUGGUUGAAGCUUUACAAGUUGCUGUACAAAACAGCAAGACUUGGUUAGAAGAUAAAAGUGACAACAAAUCUGUGACAUACUGUGAUCUUUGUCAAGAACUUGAAUCAGCGACCACAGCCAUGUUGGAUGUAGCGGAACAUAUUUUAAACGAAAAUAAAGACAAUGAAGGUACUGAAGGAAGGUCAUUUUCAUCUCAGUCUACACCACAAACUACAGCAACUGAAAAACGUGACAGUAGUGAAUCAACAGAUCAUAAUCUUAAAGAACAUCAUCAAUUAUCAGAUGAGGACAACAUGGAUGUCAACAAACCAACGCCAUCUUUACCACAACCUGACACACAGACAACAGCAACAUUUCUAACAGUGGAAUCAACAAGACAACUCAAGACACAAGACAAACAUACAGCGGGUAUGUCUUAG